AUGUUUUCCUUUACUUCUACCGGUGGAAAAGUUGAUUACUCUAUUAAUCGUGGAAGAGCUCCGUAUGUUUAUCGUCUCAAUGGUCAAAAUCACCAUGUUUUUGGUACACUUAUUCCUGAUGAUGGUAAAGAUCCCAAAUUCUGUCAAGUUUAUAUAUAUGACACUGAGCAUGAGGUGCAAAAUAGGAUGAAAUGGGUCAAAGUUGAUGAUGGAGAGCCUGUAGAUUCAGAAAUUGUCGAAGGUUUGAUAAGGAUGUUAGACGAAAGUAAUCUGCUGGUUAGAAAGUUUAGACAGGCCAGGGAUCGUUUCAAAGAGCAGCCAAUAAGGAAUUUGAGAAUCAAAAUGAAAGUCUGUCGUUCGAAGAGUGGCCGUGAGAAUCAUAUCGGCCCAUCAGAUGAGGUAGCUGCUUUUCUCGUUGGAGAUAUAAACACUACUGUUGGUGAAAGAGAUAUUAUUAUUGAGAAGACUAAUAUUGAUCCUGAUGUAAAAGAGUUUGAACGUAUCUGCUCCGUACAUUCCUCACUCAUGGCUCUACAAUAUCCACUACUGUUUCCCAUGGGUGAAGAUGGUUACCAUGAUGAAAUUCCAUAUGUUGAUCCUGACAACCAGAACAAGAAAAAGAGGAAAAGGAUUACAAUGGAAGAGUACUACUCUUACAAACUACAAGUUCGAAAAAAUGAUGUUCGUUUGGGUGGGCGUUUGUUCCAACAAUAUGUUGUAGAUGCUUUCUCUACUGUAGAGCAGGCGCGUUUGUGGUGGCUACGUACUCAUCAAAAGAUUCCGCGUAGUGAUUUGUAUACGAAUAUUUCAAAGAAACUUCAGAAAGGAAAUACUGAUACUGCAAAUGUUGGUAAAGGCUUCAUUUUACCAGCAAAUUUCUUGGGAUCCAGGCGUUAUAUGCAGCAGAAUUUUCAAGACGCGCUAGCUGUGUGUCGUGUCAUUGGUCAUCCAGAUGUUUUCCUCACAAUGACUUGCAAUGCUUUAUGGGAUGAAAUCUUACAAAUGAUGAAGCAUCUACCUGGUUGCUCUCCACAAAACUCUCCUGAUAUAAUUGCAAGAGUUUUUCACCAGAAGCUACAACAAAUUGCAGAUGAAAUUAAAAAGAAGAAUUAUUGUGGUACCUGCCUAGGAGUUAUGUAUGUAGUGGAGUUCCAAAAACGUGGCCUACCGCAUGUACAUAUGCUAAUUUGGCUUAAUUCAGAUUCGAAGAAGAACUUGAGUGCCAAUGUCGACAACUAUGUCUCUGCUGAGAUUCCAGAUCCCCUGAAAGAUCCCGGAGGCUUCAAUGCUGCCAGCAGAUUCAUGAUUCAUGGACCAUGUGGACUGCAGAACCCAAAAUGUGCUUGCAUGAAAGAUUUUAAAUGUACAAAGCAUUUCCCUAAGAAGUAUAAUGCCACCACCAUCUUUGAUCAAUCUGGUUUUCCAAUAUACAAACGAAGGAACACUGGAAUAAAUGUCAAGAAAGGUAAAUUUUUUCUUGACAACAGAUGGGUUGUUCCAUAUAACCGAGAUCUGUUAGUAAAGUAUCAGUGUCACAUGAAUGUAGAAAUCUGUUGUCAUGCUAGGAGCUUAAAAUAUUUAUUCAAAUAUUGCCUAAAAGGACAUGAUCGUGAGACGGUUGAAAUUUCUUCCGAGAAUGGUAAUGUAGCGGUUGGUGCUGAUCAACUAGUUGAUGAGAUUAAUGCUUACUUUGAUGGUCGGUAUAUUUGUGCAUGUGAUGCAGCUUACCGCGUUUUUGGAUAUCCAAAACACUACCGGUCCAUAUCCGUGCAUCGUCUUUCAUUCCACCUGCCUGGGGAACGUACCUGUACAUUUACAGAAAAUGAAACAUUAGAGAAAGUUGCUAGGAGGAAUAGGCACAAACGUUCCCAGUUGGAAGCUUUCUUUCUACUUAACCAAACAGAUCCAUCUGCAAGAAAGUAUACAUAUGAUCAAAUUCCAGAGCAUUACGUAUGGAAUGAAGUAGAUAUGAUAUGGACAAUGAGGAAAAAAGGAAGUCAAAUUGGGAGAUUGUUGUAUACAUAUCAUAGUGCUGGUGAGAUUUGGUACCUUCGUCUCUUGCUAACAAAGGUGUGUGGCCCCACCUCCUUCAAUCAUUUGAAGACUAUCAAUAAGAGAUGCUACAAGACCUUCAAAGAAGCAUGUGUAACUCUUGGUUUAUUGGACGAUGACAAAGAGUGGCAUGAGGUAAUAGAAGACUAUGCUAAAUCUGGGCUUCCUCCUCAAAUCAGACAGCUCUUUGUCCAUAUCAUUGUCAAUUGUCAAGUUACUGACCUCCUUAAUCUUUGGCAACGACAAUGGAAGUCCAUGGCCGAUGACAUCUUGCUCCAACAUAGGAAUUUGUUUGGCGAGGAACCUACCAAGAUUUCGGAGAAGCAGCUACAAUUCUAUGUACUUGCAGAAAUUGAUAAGUUGCUCAGAUCGAUUGGUAAAUUUGUCAAACAUUUUACUCAAUUGCCACAGCCUCCUCCAGAAUACCUACAAACUGGUCAGAAUAAUUUGGUUGUGGAGGAAACAAGUUACAAUCUUGAAGAGAUGGCAACUGAAUUUGAAAGGCUAUAUCAACAUUGCAAUCCUGAACAGUUGGAGGUUUACAAUGUUGUUCUCAGCUCUGUGGAGAAGAAGGAAAGAGGUCUUUUUUUUGUAUAUGGCUCCGGAGGAUAUGGUAAAACUUACGUUCGGAAGACAUUGAUUUACAAGCUCCGGUCACUUAUCAAAAUCGUUUUACCGGUGGCUUCAUCUAGAAUUGCUUCCACCCUAAUGCCAGGCGGUCGCACUGCACAUUCCCGCCUCAAAAUUCCUAUAAUGCUUGAUGACUAUUCCUCAUGUGCUAUAGUUCAUGAUUCUGAUAUAGCUGAGCUGAUUAGAAAUACAAGUCUAAUCAUAUGGGAUGAAACACCUAUGCAACAUAGGUACGCAUUUGAAUGUCUCGAUCGUUCUUUACGAGAUAUAAUGAAAUCUGUUGAUCCAAACAGAUACCAAAUGCCAUUUGGAGGGAUUACAGUUCUCUUAGGCGGUGACUUUCGUCAGAUCCUCCCAGUCAUAAGUUAUGCCUCUCGUGGUGACAUUGUCUCAGCAUGCAUCACGCAAUCAUUGUUGUGGUGUUAUGCCAAAAUUUUUAUCCUUCAUCGAAAUAUGAGACUGAAUCAAGGAAGCACUGCAGAGGAGAAUUCUGUUGAGAACAUGAUAGAGUGGACUUAUCCAGACUUGAUGGAAAAUUACAUGUCACCUAGCUAUAUAAGUGAAAGAGCUAUACUGACUCCUACAAACCAGGUAUUUGGGCAUUUGAAUUCUCAAAUUGUUGAAAACCUGCCUGGUGAACACAACACCUAUUUUAGUGUGGAUCGAGCUGAAGACUAUGGUGGUACUGCAUCUGAUUUGGGGUUUGCUUUUCCACCUGAGUAUUUGAACGCUUUCAACAUCUCUAGACUUCCUGCUCAUGAUUUGAAACUCAAAGUUGGUGUUGCUGUCAUGUUAAUGCGCAAUCUCAAUCAAACUCUUGGGCUAUGUAAUGGUACCAGAAUGGUGGUGACAAAGUGUUUGCGAAAUUGUGUUGAAUGCGAGGUCAUCUGUGAAGCUUUCGUUGGUUCAAGACACUUCAUUCCUAGAAUGGAGUUAUCCGCGACUGAUACCAAACUGCCUUUCAAGCUCAUAAGGAAACAGAUGCCGCUUCAGAUCUGUUAUUCUAUGACUAUCAGCAAGUCACAAGGCCAGUCGCUUACUAGAGUGGGUUUAUUUUUGCCAAACCUCGUUUUUACUCAUGGCCAAUACUAUGUGGCUGUGAGUAGAGUUACUUCUCCCGGUGGUCUUAAAAUUUUCAUAAACUCUAGCAAUGGCUCACCAACAAAUCUGAGAGAUAUGUUUAACCAAUAUCAUAGCUUGCUUCAAAUUGGUCCUGAGCGUAGCGAGUGGUCGAUUUCAGUAAGAGUUCAAGCAAUAUGGAAAAGUAUUAACCGUACCACCAACGAAUUCAGAGGAUACAAUAUGGUCUUGACAGAUAUACAGGGUUGUCGAAUUCAUGCUUUUAUUAUGGACAAAUUGAGUGAUAAGUUUGAAGGCAGAAUAAAGGAAGGCGAUGUCUACAAUAUCUCCAACUUUAAGGUCAAGAAAUAUGAAGGGAAGGAACUAAACAGAGUAGUUAGGAAUGAGAAACACAUAUUCUUUGACUACCAAACUAAUCUUAAGAAGCUGACUUAUGAGCUGUGCAGAAUCCCAUCUUAUGCAUUUGAUAUCUUUCCUUUGCAAGAAUUGGAGAAGAUUUACACUGACAGUUAUUUCUUAGUUGAUGUCAUUGGCAAGGUAGAACAAUCUGGUGUUUCAACUUAUGUUUCAAAGGAGGACAACAAAAAAACAAAUGUGAAAUUUAAAAUAUUUGAUGGGAGAGUAGUUGUGCUGGGGUUUGUAUGUGCUGCUGCGUUUUUGUUUUCUGGGUUGUUAAUAGCUGAGUUAUUGGGUAAGGAUGUUCAGUGUGCCGUUAAAGUGAAAAAGGUUGAGGAACAAUAUAAUUGGUAUGAAAAUUGUUGCCCUGGUUGUGGUGAAGAAGUUAAUAAAGUGGAGGGUAGGUUUAGAUGCACAGAGUGUAAGAGGAAUAUACCAUGGCCAGACAAGAGGUUUCGGUUGACAACUGUUUGCUCCGAUGCAUCUGGAAUUCUAGCCAUUAUUCUGCCAGAUGACGAAAUCCAAAGUAUCAUUGGCAAAGAAGUGUUUGGUAUUGAGAAUGAUGAAUCACAGGUUGGUAUCGACGGAUUAACUUUCCCUCCUUUGCUGAAACAAUUUGAGAAGAGGGAUUAUAUUGUAACCGUUAGCAUUUCUGCUCUGAAUGUUAAGAAAACUUCCAAAGUGUACAAAGCAAAGAAGCUUGAUAAUCCACUUAAGAAUCUUGGUGAAAAUGAACCUGCUGAGUUGAAAACUGCUGAAACAGUUGACCAUACUAUGGAAACGAAAUGUCGUGUUCAUGCUUUCGUUCCUGGGAACUUGGCUGCUACCUUUGAGCCAACAUUAGAAAUAGGAGAACUAUACCUUUUCAAGAACUUUACCAUCAAAGAUUACAAACAAGAUGAAAAGUUCAGGCCAGUACGCAAAAAUUGGCAAAUUGUUUUUGGAAGUGAGACCAAAAUUACCAAAUUAGAUGAGAACGAGGUAGCCGUUGACAAAGCUGCGUUUGAUUUUUAUGAUUUGGCCGACCUUAAAGACUUGGCAUUUUAG